UCGUGUUGUGCGGCGGAGGCCUGCGGCCUGCGAGGCGGCGGCAGGAGCUGCCUGAGCAGGGAAGAUGGCGGCGUCUGGCUCCGGGGCCGGGGCCGGGCCCGGGGCCGGGCCGGGCCCCUCGGCCGGCGCCGGCGCCUCCAACCCCCGCAAGUUCAGCGAGAAGAUCGCGCUGCAGAAGCAGCGGCAGGCGGAGGAGACGGCGGCCUUCGAGGAGGUGAUGAUGGAGAUCGGCUCCACGCGGUUGCAGGCUCAGAAGCUGCGUCUGGCUCACAGCCGGGGACCCUACUACAGUGGCUCGCUGCCCAACGUCAACCAGAUUGGGAGCGGCGUCUCCGAAUUCCAGGGCCCCUUGCAUUCGCCUCUGGACUCUGCGCGCAGCACCCGGCACCACGGCCUGGUGGAGCGAGUGCAGCGAGACCCCCGGCGGAUGAUGUCUCCUCUGCGCCGAUACGUGCGCCAGAUCGACAGCUCUCCCUACAGCCCGGCCUACCUGUCGCCUCCCCCUGAGCCCAGCUGGAGAAGGACCAUGCCCUGGGGUAACUUUCCCAUGGAGAAAGGACACUUGUUUAGGCUGCCGUCGGCUCUCAACAGAACAAAUUCGGAUUCGGCGCUUCACACGAGCGUGAUGAACCACCCGCAGGACAUGUACUUGGGCCCCUCGCCCCCUGCCCUUCUCCCCUUGCUAGUGUUUCUUUUCCAAGUGCCUCCCAUCGAGGAGAACUUCCUGGAUGACAACAAGCACUUACUAAAGCCCUGGACACCAAGAAGGUGGCUCUCAUCGUCCUCGGCCCGGCCCAGGUCCUGCGAAGUCCCCGGGAUCCAGUAAUAUCUUUCAUCCCCCGAUCAGCCUGCCAACGUCCCGCUCAUCCCCACCGCCCUGAACACGGGCGGUUCCCUCCCCGACCUCACCAGCCUGCACUUCCCCUCCCCACUGCCCACCCCCCUGGACCCCGACGAGUCGAACUACCCCAGCCUGAGAGGGAGCAGUACCGGUAACCUGGCCAACACCAUGACGCACCUGGGCAUCAGCAGCAGCAUGGACUUGGGACAGGCUACGGCUCCGCAGGUGAGGGCUCCAGGACUUACCUCACCUAUGCAGAGCUCCCUGAGUAACCCCGCCCUGCAGUCCUCGCUUAGCAAUCCCAACCUGCAGGCCUCCCUGCGCCCCCAGUCGCUGCAGUCCUCCCUUAGCAACCCCUCCCUGCAGUCCUCCAGAGCAGCUCCUCCUCCCUCCUCCAUGAGCACCCCCUCGCUCCCCUCCUCCCUCAGCACCCCCUCGCUCCCCUCCUCCCUCAGCAGCCAGUCCAUGCAGUCCUCGCCCACUUCCUCCUCUCCCCCAUGGUGCAGGCAUCCAUUAACACGUCGCCCCCGCCGAAGGGCCCCGCUCAGCCCCCUCACCCUCCCAAUGGGUGGCGACUCGAGAAGGCAGCACCCAAAACAGUUCUCACCAACAAUGUCCAACCACAUUGUCCUCCAUCACCAGGGCGUGCCAUUGGACACCAGCAAGCUGCCAGCCGACCAGAGGCUCCCCGCCAUACCCCUACAACCAGCCCGGCCUGCUUGUGCAAUCCCAGCAGCCCCUGCCAGCAAACUCAGAAGCCCCAGCACCAGACGCAAGCCAGCCCUGCAGCAGCAGGCCAGCGCGCCCACGCAGCGGCCGUACCUCUCGCAGUACCAGCAUAAUUCCUCACUACAGCAGCAGCUUGGCCAGCCACUGGGCGACUUCAGUGUGGGCAGUCUAGAGCCGUUCAGCAUGGGCGAGAGCCCCCCGGGCAGCUUCCCGCUCAACCACAACGCCUUCCCCGAGGACCUGGGUGCCUUAAACUACCACUCGGCAGAGAGCCUGGGCUUCUCGGCCAGCGGCAGCAGCUUCCACGAGCCCCAUCUCCUCAGCCGGCAGAACCUGAGCAACUGCAGCCGUCAUGGGCCCAUCCCCAAUAUCGUCCUCACAGGGGACUCCCCACCCGGCAUCUCCAAGGAGAUUGCGUCGGCGCUGGCCGGGGUCCCCGGCUUCGAGGUGGACACAUCCCUGGGCCUGGAGGAGGAUCUCAAGAUCGAGCCCCUCACCCUGGACGGCCUGAGCAUGCUGAGCGACCCCUAUGCCCUCCUGACGGACCCCGCAGUCGAGGAUUCCUUCCGGACGGACCGGCUGCAGUGAGGGGACACGCCCUGGGCAGGCAGCAGAGGAGUGCGGGGGGAGAGAACAGACUUUGAGCAUCGCAAACAAGCCUGACUUCCAGGGACAAACCGCCGGCCCCUGGCUCCGGCGCUGCGCCACCCUCGCUGCCCCGUUCUACAUGAAACCUCCCAGGGCCAAGAGCACUGAGCAGCUGGGCCCAGGCGCCAGGACUCUGCCAAGAAUCACUCGAAGCCGGGCCAGUGCCAGCCUCUGCUCCCAGCAGCAACCCUUUGCCCUGCACUGGGAGGUGGCCAGGGGUCUUGGCCCGCUAAGCAGGGGAGAAUGGGGGUCCUCUAGCUCUGUGCCAGAGGUCCAGGGGACCUCUACUUCUGUGAAGGAUGGAGUUCUGUGUCCACGGACCUCGACCCUCCAACUAGAUGAGGGGCGCUGAUGAAUCCAGCGUCCCCUGCCAGAGAGAGUGGGCCUGUGGUGGGGGAGUCCAGGGUCCCCUAACCCCACGGCCAGGGUGGAGGUGAGCACGGGGCUCUGUGCCCCCAGCUUCCAGGCGACAGUCUGUCCACAUGCUGGCAUGGCUGCGUGUGCAGCCCUGGGCUGGCCAUGUAUGUAACUGUUCUGUUAGCUAGUGACCUGAGCCCCAACGCUCCGGGCAUGGGGUUUUGGGUUUUGUUUUUGCUAAUCAUAAUGUUUAAAGACAAAAUUUAUCCCCCCCGUCUUUCCCCGCUGAGCUGUGUGUACCCGUCCCCUGCUGAGCCGUGUACGGGGGCCCUGCCCAGGGGCGGGGGAGGACAGGCUAUGUAUAAAGCACUUGUAACUUUGAA